CUUAGCACUGGGUGCUGUAUAAGGGGCCUAGCACACUUGGUGUGUCUGUACACUCCACGUGCAGAUUCCUAGUCAAUUGCGCGAUGGAUGCUGUUUCGUCAGUCACGAUGAAAGCCUUAUCCACAAUCCAGGAUGUCCAGAACCUUAGUGACCAAUUUGGUGCCAAGACAUUAGUUGCACGGGGCGGCUAUUCCGAGGUUUAUCGUGCAGAAUGGGUCCGAUCUGGCGCUCAGCUGGCUUCGAUGAAUGUCUGUUACAAAGUUCUCAGACCGCCUAUCAGCAACAUGCUAUCUGACGUAGAGCAAAUAGAAAAAACUAUGAAGCACCUAACGAGGGAGAUGAAGAUAUGGAAGAGCUUGGACCACGGAAAUAUCGUGGAAUUUAUUGGUUUUGCGAUUGAACGUCGUGAUGGAGUACCAGAAGCAGCAUUGGUGUCUGAGUGGUGUUCAAAUGGGAACCUUGUUCAAUAUCUGCAAUGCAAACCGUCCUGCAGUCGACUGCCUCUGCUUCUCGAUGUUGCUCGAGGUCUGACCUACCUCCAUGACCGUGACCCUGUUGUCGUGCACGGCGAUCUCAAGCCUGUAGGUCAACACGUGUUUUCUAUGAAGCCUGCGUGAAGUAAUCGGGACCACGCAGCUCAACAUAUUAAUCAGCGAUGCUGGGCAUGCUAAGUUGUGUGAUUUCGGGUUGUCUUUGAUAGCGGACGGAUUGGCAACAGGACAUA